AUGCCGUUCGAGAACCGCAUAGUCUGUGGACGUGACACGCUUGUCAUCGCAGUAUUUCUGGUAUUUUGCCUGCUGCUUGAGCUGCCGCUGGUGCAUCCGCAUGAUCGGCCAAUUCCGAUGCAAAUCGUGACUUUGAGCAACGGCACCUCGGUGGUGGUCAAGGAACUUCUGCUGGACCAUGAGUACAUCCCUGACCAUAAGCAGCUCUGUCCGUCGUCGCUGCUUAUAGGGCUGUGCCUGCUAGUUCCACUUGGGGUGCUCGGAGUCGCGACGUACUUGGCUCCAAAGCCUGGCGAAGCCGCUUCAUUCCUGAGGGGCUUCAUGUUGACGAUGGCGUGCACCGUGGCUCUGACUGACCUCAUGAAGAACUACAUUGGCUAUUUGCGGCCCUUCAUCUACGGUGCGUGCGGCUUUGAUCCUGUGACGCGCAAAUGUACGCAUCCUGCAGCCGAUGCUCACAAGUCUUUCCCAUCAGGCCACUCCAGCCUGUCCUUCUGUUCGAUGCUUUUCACUUCCCUGUUCCUCCUCAGGAAGGUAGCCGCGCAGCCGGUGAAAAUCAGUUCGUGCCUAGGCAUGCAGGACUUCACGAAUGUGGCCCUGCUUCUGGCACUCAGCCCGCUGUUGCUGGCAUUCUGGAUUGCUUCCUCGCGAGUACGGGAUAAUGCCCAUCAUCCAGCAGAUGUAGUUUUUGGUUCUUUCAUUGGCAGUGGAUGGGCAAUCUUUUGGUACGCGCGAUACUUCGGCCCGAUCCAGAAAGGGGAGGAGAUGUCCGUCGUUUCGUCCAGCGAUCCACCCCACAGGGACGACGAUGCUGUGCUAAUGGUGCCACCCUAA